AUGAUACCCAUGCAGCAUUCCCAUCACGCGUUAUAUGAUGAAAAAAUGCGAGGCACCGCAUUACUAACUUCAAAUCCUCUUCAUUUCCCCUCUCGCACCAGUUCCAUUCAGAUGCUGACAGCGAUAGAGGAAAAGAUUGAGGAACUGUAUGAAAAACUUAGAAAAUUUCCACCCGAUUUGGUGAAAGCAGUGCGAAUCGAGAAGGAACUGGCUCGUCGGGAACGCGUUCGGAUGGAGGUAAAAAAGGCAGAACGCCAACACCAGGAGGAGCGCAUAGAGCGAGCUUUGCAGCGAGCAAAUGCGGCGCCCAAAAAACCGGUAGGUCCGAGACAGAGUUUUUGUCCCUUACUUUACUCCUCCUGCUGA